UGUCACAUCAUUAUUAAUUUCUUGUGUUGUGUGAUUGUAUUUUUUUUUGUAAUAGGUACCUAGUUCUGAGACUAAAUUUUAUGGUCAUUCGGGAAGUAUUUUAAAUAUUCCGAUAUGGAUUCAUAUGUCCCGAAUUUAUUCACUGCUGAGGAAAGCCGGGUAGACUCAGGACGAUACACUACCAACUCCAAAUCAAUAGAAUUUGGUCCAUGGCAUAUUUCUUUCGACAUUAGUUGCAUUUUACCCAGUGUAUGCUCCACGAAAAUUGUUUGUGAACGAGAUGAUGAUCAGUUUUGUCAGUUUUGUAUAUACUGCAGAGAAUUGAAUAUUCCACAUUUUCCUGAUAUGGUUUUUCCCAAAAAUAUACUGAUGCUGGAACAUAGAUCAGGUGCUAAAAUAGAAUUUAAUCCUCUUGAUGCCUUGAAGAGAGUAUCUUCAAGGGUGGAAGCCAUUGAAGUGGCUUGUGCUGAAGCUUGGCAAGAAUCACGUCCAGAAGCAGAAAAACAGAAGAAGUCAUUUGACUGGACUUUUUCAACAGAUUACAAAGGAACUUUAUUGGGUAAUGUCACUGUUCAGGACACAGAUGAAACUAUAAACUUUGACCUUCUAAAGCGGAAAGAGCAAAUCUUAUUUUACCAUGAUCUAACUUUGUUUGAAGAUGAACUCCAUGAUCAUGGAAUAUCAAAAUUGUCUGUCAAAAUAAGGGUUAUGCCGUCAUAUUGGUACGUGCUCUUACGAUAUUUUCUUAGAGUAGAUGACGUGCUUGUGAGGUCUCAUGAAACUAGAAUGUUCCACCUGUUAAAUACAGAUUAUGUGUUACGGGAGUUUACCGCUAAAGAAGCAAGAGCACAAGAUUUAAAUAUUCCAACAGUCUGCAUGAAAGAAGCAGAUGAUGUUAUACCCCACUUGCCUGUGAAACAAAAAGUAACAGAUAAACUGGUUGUGAAUAUAAAUAGCAAUAAAUAAGUUUUGAUCUCAAUUAAAUUUAAGUAAUGUGUUGUAAAUGUGUAUCAAUAAAUUUUCUAUAUAAAUGUAUUAGAAUAU